AUGUCUUCGUCAGAGGAUGAAGAUGUCCGACGGCCUGGUCGCAAUGCCCGUGGUAGGCUAAGCGACGACGAAGGAAACGCAUCUGAAAUGGACCAGAACAAUGAUGCCGACGACAAGGAUGAUCUCUUUGGGUCUGAUAGCGAUGGGGGUCUGAACGAACUACCGGACCGCACGCUGAACGAUCCCGAACUCGAUUCUGGCGACGAUGAAGGGCGGUACGACCGAACAGGUGAUCGCAUGGAUUUAGCCGACGAUGGCGAUGAGGGUGGUUACGAGGAGACCCUCAAGGUCAUGGAUCUGAGCCUGGGUAGAGCACCGGAGCCACAGAGCACAAACCAAGAGGUUUAUACAAUGGAAAUGCCCAACUUUCUUGCACUUGAGACGGAGGAAUUCAGACCAGAGACUUAUGUUGCGCCGCCUUACUCGACCGCCGCCACUUCCUUGUGUUGGAGAUACGAUCCCAAGGACGCGUCCCAGCUUCAAUCCAACGUCCGCAUUGUCCAGUGGGAAGAUGGCUCCCUUACAUUGCAGCUUGCCUCAAAUCCGAAAGAACAGUACAGAAUUGCGUCCAAGCCAUUGGCGCCUCUCGACAAAGCAGGAAAUUACGAUCCUUCCUUGGAUACACAUACCUAUCUGGCGGCUGCCGCUGAGACCGCCUCGGUAUUCAAAAUCACCUCGCAUCUUACACACCAGCUGAAACCUCUGCCAACGAGUUCAGUAACGGACGAUGCUAUACAGCGGCUCCAAGAAAACCUGGUGGCUGCAGGCGCAACCAACAGAUUGAAUUCUUAUGGCUCAGGGAUUGCCAUUAUUGAUAUCAAUGAAGACCCGGAGCUCGCUGGAAAGAGGGCCGAGGCAGCCGAGAGACUAAAGAUGAGAGAGGACCGCAAGCGACAGCAAUAUGCCGACCGGGAACAAAACAAAACCGCGCGUCGUCCAACAUACCGAUCUUCUCGUGGCGGUCUGACUGCUGCGGGCCUAGAAGACGACGACGGCAUGCUUGCAACACGCCCGAUGAAGAAGCGUCCUCGUCCAAAUCGACGUGGAGAAAUCUAUUCAGACGACGAAGAAGACCAGGGCCGUCACCGACAAGACUCCUACGAAGUCGACGAUUUUGUAGCCGACGAUGAUGAAGAGCUUGAAGAGGUCGAGGACGCAUCUGGCUCGCUCCCAGAUGACGAAGCAGAUGCUGAAGGCGAGAGCGACGUAGAGAGACCUGCCCAAUCGCCUCCAAGGAGGACUGUAGCGGGUGAUGCUGGUUCACCGCCCGCCAGGAAGAAGAAUCGUUACCGAGUCGAAGAUGAUGACGAGGAAGAGUGA